AGAAUUCAGUAUAUAUUAGAUUAUUUUCAUUUUAUAUUCAGCUGUCAAUCACUCACCUGUCAUAAGCCCCGCCCCUGUCCUUCUCAGCCAAUGGGAGGCCUGUCCGUGUGCGGUCCCUGCCUGUGAUUGGCUGACCUCUGAUUGGAUGUGAGCGGGACAGGGAGCACGCGGAGGAGAGAGAGAGAGGAGUCAGUCUGAGUGGCGGGAACGGAGAGGAGCAGACCGCGGGAAAACUCUCUGAUGAAGAGAGAGAAAUAAACUCCUCUUUCUCUCCUCCUCCUCCUCCUCCUUUGUUUUGUGCUCCAUCAUGGCGGGGUCUCUGUCCCGGACCUCCAGCCCGCCCACCGAGCCGCUCUUCCACUCCGACCCGCCCUACAGCGCUCCUAACCCGGCCGCCGGCUCUCCGCGCCUCCCGGCCGCCCGCCUGUCCGGAGCGUUCCUGAGCGGCAGAGUUCCAGUCAGUGUGAACGGGACGAGCGGCAGCCCCGCGCCUCAGCCGCCGCCGCCGCCUCCACCGCCGCCGCACACGGACUGUAGGAUGGUGGAAGUUCACGGCGUGAAGGUGGCGUCGUUCUCGGUGAACGGCGUGGAGCUGAUCUGCCUCCCGCAGGUGUUCGAGCUGUUCCUGAAGCACCUGGUGGGCGGGCUGCACACCGUCUACACCAAGCUGAAGCGGCUGGACAUCAGCCCGGUGGUCUGCACCGUGGAGCAGGUGCGCGUCCUGCGGGGGCUCGGAGCCAUCCAGCCCGGAGUCAACCGCUGCAAGCUCAUCACCAGGGCCGACUUCGAGACGCUGUACCGGGACUGCACCAACGCCAGCUCUCGACCGGGUCGACCUCCGAAGAGGACUCUGGGCGUGGCCACCAUGGCGGACGGCUCCAGGCUCCUCCCACACAGUCUGAUAAGCCCCGCCCUGCUGUCACAGACAGGUCUGACGGCGGCGGCGAUGGCCGAGGCGCUGAAGCUGCAGAAGAUGAGGAUGAUGAUGGGUUUCCAUAGCAACAGCGAACAGCAGCGACUUCACAACGGAGGGGAGUCGGAGAACGACGACACAGCGGGCAGUGAAGGAUCAUGGGAGAAGGAGCAGCACCUCCUGACUCCGCCCCCCUCCUCUCAUCGUCUGUCAGACUUUCCUUUUAUGGUCAUGCCACACCCCCUCCUCCCUGUGGGCCUGCCCCCCGCCAGCGUCGCCAUGGCGAUGAACCAGAUGAGUCAGCUCAGCAGUUUGGCAAACAUGGCCGCCGUGUCGCACAUUGACACAGAAGAGAGAAAGGAGUCUCCUCUGGGAAGCCCCUCCCCCUGCCCCUCCCCCAGUGACGAUGAGCUCCGCCCCCGAGAACCAAACAGCCAAUCACCUUCCAGAGCGUCUUCAUCAUCGUCAUCAUCACCUCCUCCUGCGGUGCACACACUAGAGCUGGAUGGCGAGGUCGCAGAGCGAGAAAACAACUUUAAAAAGCUGCUGAAAGAAAAAGAAGUCAGCCUGUUGCCCCUCCCCCUCUCCAAACCGACCUAUGAGAAGCUGCCGCUCACCUCUCAGUCGAUGUCAAUCAACCACGCUAGCCACGCCUUCGCUCCAUUCCUAUUGGCUGAAGGACUGUCGUCCAUGGAGACACUGCUGACCAACAUACAGGGUCUCCUGAAGGUGGCGGUGGAGAGCGCUCGCUCUCAGGACAAACACAACCAGCUGGAGAGGAAAGAGUUAAAACUGGAGCUGGAGAGAGAGAGAGACGCCCGGCAGACGCUCCAGAGACAGCUGAGCACCGAGCUGCAGACCAGAGUGGCGAUCCAGAGGAGGCUGAAGAAGGAGAAGAAGGCGAAGAGGAAGCUGCAGGAGGCGUUAGACUUCGAGUCGAGGAGGAGAGAGCAGGUGGAGCGGGCGCUCAUAGUGAUUCCAGAGAGCGAACUGGAGAACAAACAGCAGGAAAACUCAGCAGCUCAAGAAAAUAAACUGUUCAACAAACAACCGCUGAUGUUCUGACCUGAUGAAGACGAGGAGGACGAGGAGGCGGAGCUCCUAAAAAACGACGUUUCCACGACAACAAAACAAAACAAAAGAACUGAAUCAGUCACCUCUUUCUGCUUCCUGUUCUUAAUUAUUUUUAUUUUUAAUAUUAACAAGAAAGGGGGCGGAGUUUAAAUAUCAACUGUGAUGUCAUCAGAGGAGGACUCCUGUUAGCCCCGCCCCCUGCUGCACCUGAACCUGUAGGGGGCGGAGUCACACCUGUUUAAUGUUUCUUUACUGCUGUAAAACUUUGUUUCAUGUUUAGUAGUUUGAAGUGAUGUCAUAGUACUGGUAGUACCUGCAGGAGUACUACUACUGUUUAUUUGUCAGGAUUCUUGAUGAAACGAGUAACAGAACGACGAGUUCUGACUCUUAACGAGUUCUGACUUAACGACUUCUGAACCAUAACGAGUUCUGACUCUAAACGUGUUCUGACUAAACAAGUUUCGACUCUUCACGAGUUCUGACUCUUAACGAGUUAUUAUCCUUUGAGUUCUGACUAUUAAGUUCUGACCCUAAACGAGUUCUGACUGUAAACGAGUUCUGACUCUUAACGAGUUCUGACUGUUAACGAGUUCUGACCCUUAACGAGUUCUGACUGUAAACAAGUUCUGACUCUUAACGAGUUCUGACUCUUAACGAGUUCUGACCCUAAACGAGUUCUGACUCUUAACGAGUUCUGACUCUUAACGAGUUCUGACCCUUAAAGAGUUCUGACUCUUAACGAGUUCUGACCCUUAACGAGUUCUGACUCUUAACGAGUUCUGACCCUUAAAGAGUUCUGACUCUUAACGAGUUCUGACUCUAAACGAGUUUUGACUCUUAACGAGUUCUGACGCUAAACGAGUUCUGACUCUUAACGAGUUCUGACUCUUAACGAGUUCUAACCCUUAACGAGUUCUGACUCUAAACGAGUUUUGACUCUUAACGAGUUCUGACGCUAAACGAGUUCUGACUCUUAACGAGUUCUGACUCUUAACGAGUUAUUAUCCUUUGAGUUCUGACUAUUAAGUUCUGACCCUAAACGAGUUCUGACUCUUAACGAGUUCUGACUCUUAACGAGUUCUAACCCUUAACGAGUUCUGACUCUAAACGAGUUCUGACCCUUUAUGAGUUCUGACCCUUAACGAGUUCUGACUCUUAACGAGUUCUGACUCUUAACGAGUCAUGUCCUGUUGUUGUUGUUGCUGAUGUUUAAAACUUUAAAUUCCCAAAUUCAACAGUGACAUCACAGAGUGGGCGUGGUCAGAUGUUUCAUAACGAGGCUCAAUAAACUGUACAGUGUUUAAUUAUUAUUCGUUUUUAAAUGUAAAUACGGGGGGUUCUCCUGUUUGUAUCAGGGUUCUAAAGAGAACCUGAACUUUGUGAUUUUAAAAAAUCAGAACGACUGCAGAUCAGAUUAUUGAUUUUCUAAACUUUGAUGCUUUAACUUCAAACAAAAACUUUAAGGUUUAAACGAUGAAACUUCUGCUGCAACGAGAUUUAUAAAAGGUUUUAAACUUUGAAAUAAAGUCAUGUGACCUGUUUUUUUCUUUCAUUAAUCUGUUUAAAUAAUUAUAACUUUAUCUGUAUCAUGUUUUUGUUUGUUGGUUUUCAGAAAAUAAAACC